CUGUCAGACAGCUUCCAUGACCAGCUCCUGGAGGACAGUCGGUUCCUCAGGGCAGACCGUCGACUGGACACAGAACUAGUGGAUAAACUCAUCCUGCAGCUCAACAGGAUCUACCCACAGAUCCUCACAGACAAGGAGGCCACCAAAGUGAGUAUCUUCCUCUGGACAAAUUAUUUUGACCCAAGGUAAUUUGUAACUUCCACACGCAGAGCUCUUUGCUCUAAGAGAUGUGACCUACUGAAAUGUAGCGUAUGACUGCUUGUCAGCCGUGGUUUCAAGCCGCACUUUGAGUAGAAUACUGUAGAUGUAACAAUCAAAGCAUCUGUUUCAUUUCCAGACUCUGUUGAACAGACCACUUGAACAUGCAGUUAGUUUCAGUCCCAGAACGUGCAGUUAGUCAGUUAGUAGCCUCUCGUGAUAGACUGUAACAAAGAUGUUCAAAUUGAGUAACAGGCUAGUGUGCACAGGGCAUUUGUUUCUGGAUUCCAAAGGUAAUCACUUAGAUUCUGAGAUCUGUGUGUAGAAUACCUCUAUCUGGAAUUCUGAAUAUGACAUGAUGAUCCAGUUUAGGGACCUUGAUGUGCCCACCUGCAUCCGACUGGCCGAGCUCCUGGGUCACCUGCAGGGGAAAGGUGAAGAGGCCUGCCGGGAGUUCUACCGGGCGCUUCACCUGCAUGUGGAAGAGGUGUACUUCAGCCUACCAACACGCCUCCGCCUCAGAGGUUAGUCCCUCUGCCCCGACAGUCAGUCACUGGAGAGCUGAGAUUUGCUCUCAUUAUUAUUCACAUUCAAAUGUUUUUGUACACUACCAAUGGUAUAUUUGGAUCUAAAAACCUGCAUGAAUGUAUUUUCACUGAGGUUGUCAAAAUCACUGACAUUUUGUAAUCCCUUUCCCAGAUUCUAUAGACCCGUUCACGAUUGCAGCCUCACCCACCCAGCAGAGAUAUGUGCUGAACGACAGAGGUAAGCAUACACACAGAAUGUUGAAACUCUGUCACACAUACAAACACAUGUACUGUAAACACACAUGCCUUUUACAGUACAUACCUUUCGUUCUCGCAAACGGUCUCCUGUUCUCUCUUCUCUCUCUCUAGGUCCUCUGUUCUUCCUGAGUUGUUUCAGUGUUGCAGUGGGGAUGGCUCUACUGUAUUACUAUGGCGGUGAGUACAAUACGUCCCUUCCACCUUUCUUUUCUUUCCCACAGAAAAAAUAUUAGCAUGAAAACCAGAAAUCAUUGCUGUACAGCUUUUCUGUACCAAGCUAAGCCUAACAUUGCAUCUUCAUGUUAUGCCACAAAUCAAACUACACAUCGAACUUGAUUUAAAGUGUAUUUAAAAUCGCAACACACUUUAUAGUAUAACAAACAAGAAGCAGUGAACGGAAGAAAUAAAAGCACAUGAAACUCAAUGGAUUUAAAAACCUCUAUGGAAUCUGCCUCUCUUACUUGACUGGGCAAGCUAUUCCAUAACUAUGGGGCUUUGAUAAAGAACGCACAGACCAAAUCAUGUAUUCAGUUUCCAUUAGGUUGAAGUUGUCAGUGCUAUCAUGCUUAAUUGUUAGAGAAUAAAACAAAGUGUAAACUGUCCAUGUGUUGUCCUACAGAGGCCAAAGUAACAGGGGGAAGCAGGGCUCUUGGCAUGGCUGCUCUUGGACUGGGCCGACGAGCCAGAGAGGUUCUCAUAUGGUACACUGAAGACCCCAUCAGGAAUUAGUCUGUGUGUCUCCACUACCACAGCAAAACAAGCACUCCAAAGGUGCUUCCGGACAUUCAUAACACACUACACCCUUUUCACAUUACCAUGCCAACCUGAUCCAAACUGUGCUGGUUAGAGCAACUAUGAACUAUGAACUUUCAUUGUCCUCAUAAUGGUUAGAUAUUAGACAUGCCUCUUCUCUGAUGAAAGGGACUAUUAUCACACUAAAGCUCUGUUACUGAACA